AUGAAACUCCUCUCCAAUCUCCUCACACUUGCCAGUUCUCUCAUCACUCUCAUUCUUGUCAUUAUGAUUGCUGUCACAAAUUUUCUUGUAAAAAUUCAUGCAGCUCAAUUCAAUCAGACAGUUCUCUAUGUUUUGACAUUGGUUGUGUUUAUAAUAGAAGUGACGAUUCAGACUAUUCUGUAUAUUUAUUUUGGAGUGAGGGUUUUGAGAACAAUUAAGAAACGUUCAUUGAAAUUGAAACAAGAAUCGAAUAGAAAUGCAUUUGUGAAUUCUAUACAGAAACCAUUGACCAAAACGUUUGUCUUGUUGAUUUCGAUGGGUAUUUCGACGGUUUUACAAGUUUUGGCUGCUAUUGCUUCAGUGUUGGCUUCGUCUUUCAGUUCUGACUCAAAUGUGGUUUCGUAUUUUUUGAAUUCAUUUGGAAUUUUACUAUUCGCAGGAUGUGUUGUGUUAAUGUACAAUCCACUCCUCUCAGAUGAAUAUAAUAACAUUGAUUUGUAUGAAGCUAAAGAAAGAGAGAGACAAUUAUUAUUGAACGAAACUUCAUCGAUGGGAUCUGAAUUGAGUAGUCCAAGACAAUCAUUCUUUACCAACUCACCACGAAAUCAUAGGAGAACUAGUCAACAAUUUCCAUAUGAACAUUCGAAUGCCAUUAGUAGAAUUGUGAGUGAUAGUUCAAUGACAAGCUCAGCAACAAUUACUCCAACCACAAGCUCAGUAAAUCUUCCACAACAAGAAGAAUCGGCAACAACAAUGAAUGAUCAAUCAGCAAUUGAGGAAAAUAGAAAAUCCAUUGUGGUUAGUCUAGUCAAUUUGAAAGAUUUAGUUACAUCGCCACCAGAAGAAGUUCAAACACUACCAAGUGUCACUUCACCAUCCACAACCAUUGAAAGUUGUGAAAAUCAACAAUUUUAA